CGGCCCUUUCAGUUCAAAUUCGAAAACAACCUGGUUCACCUUCGGAAGCUACACAGAAGGAUUACAUUUAAUUUUUAUGUGAGUCUAGAAUACAAUUACACCCUGAGUUAAAAUGAACAGAGUGGUCCUUACAGGAGUUGUCUUAUUGGCAGUCAUUGCCAUUAGUGUAGCGAAAGAAGAUGAAAAUUCUACGGAAAUGGUGAGCAUGGAAGAAGACACUUCUGAAGAAAGAAAAAAGAAGAACGGAAUGGCCCAGUUGUAUAUGUCUGUUAUGAUGGUCAAGUCGAUCAUAGGCACGGCUUUGAACGCCCUGAACACUUUAGUCGAAGUGAAAAGCUUCGGGCUUUCCGUAAUCGGCACUCUCAUCAGUUUGGUUAAUAUCAUUUUGAAACUGAAAGAGCAUUUCCAGAAAAACAGCGGGGGAGGAUACGAAAGCGGGGGCGGACACGAAGACUGGCGAAGGGUUGCCACGCCCGCGCCCCCGGUUCACUGGAGACGUCCACCGAUCAAUUAUUACAAAUAAAUUCAUUAAUUACAGAAUCGAUCAUGUUCCGUGAGUGGAAAAAUCACACUAGUCUUUCUUCAGGUACAUUGACGCUUUUCGAGGGCCAACGAAAACAAACAACUUAACAGGCAUUAUUAUAUUUUAAGUUCAAAAUAUAUUUCAAAAGUUAACUCAGUGUAUAAAAUGAAAAUAAUAAGGGGUCGGCGUUUUGAAAUAUAAUUAGGACCAGAUGGUCCUUGCGUAACUUACACUAAUCAAUGCCAAAGAUAACUUGUUACAAUCGUCGACAGAUAAUUUCGAUUCAA